AUGAAGAUCAAGGAUGCCAAGAAACCCUCUUUCCCAUGGUUUGGCAUGGACAUCGGGGGAACUCUGGUAAAGCGCUCGUAUUUUGAACCUAUCGAUAUCACAGCAGAGGAAGAACAAGAAGUUGAGAGCUUAAAAAGUAUCUGGAAAUAUUUGACUUCUAAUGUAGCCUGUGGAUCCACUGGUAUUCGGGAUGCACGCCUUGAACUAAAAGAUUUAACACUUUUUGGCCGGAGAGGGAACCUGCACUUUAUCAGAUUUCCAACCCAGGACCUGCCUGCUUUUGUCCAAAGGGGAAGAGCGAAAAACUUCUCAACACUACCCACGGUGCUACGUGCUACAGGAGGUGGUGGUGACAAGUUUGAAAACGGUUUUCGCACAGUUGGAAACCUCCACCUGCACAACGAUGAAGCUGACUGCCUUGUAAAGGGCUUGCUGUACAUAGAUUCUGGCAGUUUCAAUGGACAAGCAGAGUGCUAUUAUUUUGCUAAUGCCUCAGAACCUGAGAGAUGCCAAAAGAUGCCUUUCAACCUGGCGGAUCCCUAUCCACUGCUGGUAGUAAACAUUGGUUCCGGGGUCAGUAUUUUAGCAGUCCAUUCCAAAGACAACUAUAAACGAGCAACUGGGACAAGCCUUGGAGGGGGUACCUUUCUGGGUUUAUGUAGUUUAUUGACUGGCUGUGAAAGUUUUGAAGAGGCUCUUGAAAUGGCAUCCAAAGGUGAGAGCACCCAAGCUGACAAGCUGGUCCGUGAUAUUUACGGAGGAGAUUUUGAAAGAUUUGGUCUGUCUGGCUGGGCUGUAGCAUCUAGUUUUGGGAAUAUGACUUAUAAGAAGAAGCGAGAAUCUGUUGGUAAAGAAGAUCUAGCAAGAGCUACGUUAGUUACUAUCACCAAUAACAUUGGUUCUGUGGCACGAAUGUGUGCUGUUAAUGAGAAAAUAAACAGAGUUGUCUUUGUUGGAAACUUACGUGUCAAUUCUCUCUCGAUGAAACUUUUGGCAUAUGUCCUGGGUUACUGGUCAAAAGGUCAACUGAAAGCACUGUUUCUAGAACAUGAGGGAUGUUCUGGAGCAGUUGGUGCGCUUCUUGGGCUGCCAAAUUUCAGCUAA